UGCUUUAAGGAUUAUGUGGCAGAGUGGGAUGAUAUUAUAAAGGCUUUAAAAUAUACAGGAGGAUUUUGAUAUAUUUGCACUAUGAAUUAUAGUUUCCCCAAGUACGUUCCACUGAAUCUACUUAAUUUUUUUAGAUGUCAUUAUUUGUUUAUUUAUUUAAACAUAGUUGCAUUUGUUUGCAGUUUGUAUUCCUGUCCAGUGGGUGGCGAUAACGAACAGCUUUGCGGACUGCCUAAACCUUAGAGAAGAAGACCGUGCUUCCAUGAUAAUCGCCACUGUUUAUCAUUUGUCAUUCAUCGAGUAAUCUUUGUCGGACAUGUGCAUUUAAACAUACUGCAGAAGUAAACAAAUGGCCUUCGCUUUGCCGGUGUGGCUCGCGGUCCAGGAAGAGCUCCUCGGACAUGGCGGAGCGGAUAACGGGGCCCCGAGCUGUUUCGACGAGUUCGACGACGAAGCUUUGUUCCAGAUGUUCCACCUCACCAGACCCUGUAUCGCCUUCAUCACAGACGCUGCCCGCAUCCGCAUGAAGAAAGUCGCUUUGAAGAAACCUGCACUGUCCGUGGACGUGAUGGUCAUGGUGGCACUGAACCAUUACGCACACGGAGUCUCCUCCGCCGCCGUCCUGCAGAGGGUCGGGCUGAGCCAGACGGACUGUCACGCGGUCAUUAGCACAAUCUCCGGGGUCAUCGCAGGGAUGUCCGAUCAGUUCAUCUCAUUCCCACUAAUCCGGGAAGCCAGAGCCAACGUCGCCUUCAAGAUAGAGAAAUUCUGUGGGAUCCCCAAUGUGCUGGGCGUCCUGUCUCCAGCUCACUUCAAGAUCAGAGCUUCUCCCUAUGAGAAGGACACGUUCAGGUCUUUUGUCAACACUUUGGGUUACACAUCGGUCGUGAGCCAGAUCAUAUGUGACUCCGACGGCAACAUAUUAAGUGUUGAAAAAUGUUGUGUGGGCAGCACGUUUGAGCAGGAAAUGUGGGACUCGUCGUUCAAAGGAAGGGAAAUGGAGGAGGAAUUGCACGGACCAUAUUGGGUUAUUGGCGGGAAAGGCUACCACUUAAGCAAACAUGUCUUGACUCCUGUGUCAGAACCUGUAAAUGACAAUGAGGCCCGCUUCAAUGAGGCCCACGCAAAGAUCCACGACGUCAUGCGGACAACACUCGGUUCCAUGAAGAGGCGUUUCAGGUGCCUGAUGCAACUCGGUUUUGCACAAGAAGGCUCUUUGGACAAAAAGUCCAACAUUAUCAAGGCGUGCAGUGUCCUGCACAACAUCGCUAAGAAGUUCUCCGUCCCUUCUCCGCCUGUAGCUGGUAAAAUUGAGGCCCUGCAUCCAGGCAAGCAGCAUUCAGUGCCAGUAGAGAUCAACCCUGAGGCCCUAAAAGCCAGACAGGAGCUUAUCAAUAGCAACUUCUCCGUUGUCUCCAGUAACCAGGACCCACCGAGUAAAGGCAUCACAGAGGAGCAGGUGUGAGCAGAGUGGAUGUGUCUGCUCUAGAGGAACAUCGACAUACCGACACAUUAAGGACAAACAUUGGAGUUGAGUUCCUGUUCUGUGUCAGUUUGGCACUAACAUGUAAAUGUGACAGCAAUACUGGGUUUUUCAUCUCGUUUGCAGACUUUGUAAAAACACAUUCAGGUAUUUUUGUAAUUAAAAAAUAUUUUAUUUCUUGUACAAAUAGAAAAUCACCUACAUUUCUUAUUUUUAAUAAAUGUGAUUUAAAAAUAUUCUUAGGCCAUCUGGGGUGUUGUUCCCUCACAUAAUAAUAUUACUAAUAAUAAUAAUAUAUACAUAUUGCAGAUGAGCGUAACAAAAAUGUAAGUUAAAUAAAAGUG